GUACCUAUCUAUUCUGCCAGAAAGCAAGAUUUCGACAAUUAGAACAAAAGGCACGCGGUUCAAUUUUUUGGUAGUAAAGCAGCGAAACUUUUUGACACGAGAGUGCCAAUACGUUAGCUGUAGGUAAUGGUAAGUACUAAGUAGGUACAUCUAAUUCUAGAUGGCGGUAAUCGAGAUCACUCAUCAAACACUUCGUGUUUCAUCUAGCUCGCAUAAUCAACUUCUACAUUCAUAAGCUAUCGACAUCACUAUCGAUUCCUGACACAUCAACAAUCCAUUCCACCAAAGUAAAAGAUAACAAUAUUUUCACCCGAAAGGCUUCAACGCAUCCAACUCCACUUCUCGUCUCGAUCUCGAACCUAAUCGUCAGUAUAAUUAUUACAUUCUGUUUCCGUAGUAAUAGACGAAAUUUUCGCGAUAAUUUGUUUGUACCCGAGUUUAUCCGAAUAAAAGGUAGCUGCGAUGGAAAAACGGUGCUGUUUUUGCGAGACAACGUCUCUCGAUGAAUUAUUGGGCCCUUUUUACACGUUAUCCGAGUACAAUUUUCAUUCGAAUUGUUUAGUAUUCAGUUCAGAUAUCAGACAGAAUCCUGACCGAACAAAAGGCUUGAAUGGUUUCGAAACGAAAACAAUAGAGACUACGUUAUAUUGGGGACAAAAACGAACUUGUACAGUGUGCUCGAAAAAAGGAGCUACGAUGAAUUGUGCUGGCGGAGACGAUAAUAAUUCAUUACCUUGUGAAGCUACGUAUCAUUUACCUUGCGCGUUACAGAUGAAAAACACCCUACACGUGUAUCACCAAAGGUUCGAAACCUACUGCUUUGAACAUAUUCCAUACGAAUGUAUCUUUGAUUUUGACAAGAUAACUGGGAUACAUUUCGUAACUGAUUGCUGCAAACAAAUUUUCAGCCACGAAAACUGCACAAAAACUUGGGUACAGGAAGCAAAAGCACUUUCGAAAUGCCCAAACUGCCUUAAUGGUACGGAAUUCAAAAAUUCCGCAAAAACCAUGUUCUCGCAGAGUAUUUCGAACGAAUGUCCUUCGUUCGCUCAACAACUAGAUCAAGGAUUCGAUUUGGAAUGCAUAGCUAAACGGUGUAAAUGUAAAGACACUGCACCUGGAGGCGAAAGAUCUAGCCAUUGCCAAACGCCACGUGACAAGUUCAAUUUGAUAGAGUGCAAUUAUUGCGGUUCCAAUGCCAUACAUAGAGUUUGUGGUCGACUGGGGAGAAAAACCAAACCUGAGUGGAUCUGCCCCGCAUGCAUUCCAGGAGCAGAUCUCCCAUCUGAAACUGAACGACAGUCCAAAAAGAGGAAGAGAGCGCCAGAAAACUUGGGUACAAAUAAGAAGACAGUUGGUAAUAAAGGUGCUGCAUCUGCAUCUGCAACUGCAACCAUAAAGAAGCAACCGUCAAAAUGUGUACCUCCUCGUGAAAUUGCAUCGAAAAAUAUCAGGCGAAAUCGGCGAGGUGAUUCAAAUGCAAAGCUGCAGAAUAAUGGGAAAAUUAAAUGAAAUUAAGCGUUUUAAUUUUAAAUAUCGGAACAUAUUUCAAUUUUAAAAUUCUGUAUAGGUAUUAUGUUAAUGUAAUGUAUCGUAGGCGGUAGGACAACCCCAAUAAUUAAUGAGGGAUUCAUGUAUCUAUGUAUUUUUAUUUUUUGUUGUUUACAUUUUGUAUAAUACAUAUAUAAAAUAAGUAA